CCACGCAGGCGCAGGAGCCACGGCUGUUUCUGAAAUUAUGGCGGGCGCCGCGGCUUGCUUGGCUGAGACGCGGGUGGGGCAGGUGGUGAUGCCGGGGGAAGCGCUGCUCUUGCCCGGCCAGGGCGAGGCGGAUGGCGAGCGGCUGCGCCUGACUGCGACCGGGCCGCAGAAAGGGCGGCUCAUCUGCGGCCCGGGGCUGAGGCGGGGCGGCGCUGACCUCCUGGUCACGAAAUGCGGGUUGCUGCGCUACCGCGGCCCGUCGGCGCAGGCCGGAAGUGCAAGCGGAAGUAGUUCCGGGGGAACCUAUUGGGUGGACUCGCAGCAGAAGCGGUAUGUCCCAGUUAAGGGAGAUCACGUAAUAGGCAUAGUGACGGCCAAAGCCGGGGACAUAUUCAAACUCGACGUUGGAGGCAGCGAGCAGGCGUCUCUCUCUUACCUGGCGUUUGAAGGGGCCACCAAGAGAAACAGGCCGAAUGUGCAGGUGGGUGACCUUAUAUAUGGCCAAUUUAUCGUUGCCAAUAAAGAUAUGGAACCUGAGAUGGUCUGCAUCGACAGCAGCAGUCGGGCAAAUGGCAUGGGAGUAAUAGGACAAGAUGGCUUUUUAUUCAAGGUCUCAUUGGGCCUCAUAAGAAAGCUUUUGGCUCCAGAUUGUGAAAUCAUCUGGGAUUUGGGACAACUUUAUCCAUUUGAACUGGUGUUGGGAAUGAAUGGAAGAAUCUGGGUAAAAGCCAAAACAGUUCAACAGACUUUAAUACUGGCAAAUGUUUUGGAAGCUUGUGAGCAUAUGACAGCUGAACAGAGGAAACAGGUAAUUACAAAACUAUUAGAAAACUGAUGGGGGAGAAAUGACACAUGACAAAUCUCAAGAGAAGGAAAGAGAAAAUGCUGCAUAUUUAAACAUUCUAUAGAUAUAUGGUAAUAAAAACUAGAGCUAUUGCUCUGUAUAUAGUUUUUUGCUGUUGUCUUGCACUUCAUCCUGCUCAUUUUUCAAGUGGAAAGUUCUGUAAUUAAUAGUGGGGUGUUUGUAAAAUGUUACCGAAACUCCUGCCUUGUAAAUGUUGGUUUUGCAGUGCUAUAAAAGAAGGAAAUACUUGUUUUUUAACUUGAUUUUUAUUUCAUUUGAUUUGCAAAUAUCAUAUACAGACUUUUUCAAGAGGAAAUUUGUAAUUCACUGAGAUGUAUGUACAUGCAUAUGGGCAUAAGUGAAUUGAAUCUAGAUUUUGUCAUAUAAAAUAGAUGCUGUAAAAGUGAAAUUUAAAUAAGGACUACCCAGAGUAUUCUAUUGCCAUUAAAAACAGAAAAUUAAGUUUCUCUCAGAGAAAGAUUUAAUACUUUGGAUAUAUACAGCUUUUCAAAAAGAUUGCAAAACUAAUAUUUAGCAUUGACUUCUCUGUUACCCAUUUAUUUACCUUUCUCUUGAAGCAUAAGAAUAUAAUAAAACAUUACACUGAAAACUUAUUCUACCUAUCUGAGGGGCAUGCAAGAAAAUAAAUGAAGAUAGCAACCUUUUAACUCAAAUGGAUAAAUAACAAUACCAGCAAUUAAAAAAAAAACUUCAGUUGUGUGUUUUGUUAUGGCACAUUUGAAUGUACAAUCACUAUAGUAUUGAUUCCUUGCUAUUUUGUACUGAUUCUGAAAGUAAUUGUGAAAUUGCAUGUUUUCUUUGCUAUUUUUUUUUUAAAGUUAAAUACACAUGUUGUUAGAAAAAUGGCUAGUCUUGAGUGCUGAUCAGAUACUAGCUUAUAAAUGCAGCAUGCAAGGAGCAUCAAAAUCUGGGGUUUUUAUGCUGCCAGUAUGCAGGAGGGCUUCGAUUCUGCCUUUAAAAUGUGCUUCAGGGCGUGUGCAAAUGCAGCACCAAAACACUUCAGAGCAGCCAUGCUCUUUCCCAAGAUCACAUUCAUAAUCCAUUGUCUGACUACUGACAUUGAUCCUCUGUGGUUCA